CCACCUCUCGGGCAUGUGGGCGAGGGCCUCUCGUGCGCCGCGAAAACUACAUUUCCCAUAGGACCUGGCGAUCGAGCACCAUGGAGUUACAGGUGGUCCAUCUGGAGAGAAAGAUCCGAGAUCUCUUGGAAAAUCUGGGUUUUGAGAUUUAUCCGUUUCAGGUAGGGUGGUACAAUGAGGUUCUUCCUCCAACUUUGCAUCUGCGGUACUCUGAUGAUACUCUGGCAUUUGUAGUACUUAGCCUUCCUGCUAUGUUUGACAAGGCAUUCAAACCCUUCCUGAAGAAACAGCUGCUGAAGAAGAUUCAUGAUCCAGUGGAUCAAUGCAUUUCUUAUCAUCUCUCGCUGGUUAGGGAGAGUCUUGCUGAUCAGAACAUGGAUAUCAUGUAUGAUUAUGAGAUCCUGCCCAACCGGAAGCCCAAAUUCCUGGCCCAAACAGCAGCACAUGUGGCUGGGGCUGCGUACCUCUAUCAGAGAAAAGAUGUACAUCAAGAUUCCUGGGGAGAAAAAAAGAUCUAUGGUGUUUGUAUUCACCCCUCUUACGGAGGUUGGUUUGCAAUCCGGGCUCUUCUGCUUUUCCCAGAUAUCAAGGUACCCUUCUUGCUGCAGAAAAGCCCUAUUGAUUGUGUACCAACAGAAGAGAAAAGAAUAGAACUACUAGAGAAAUUCAAUUUCCACUGGCGGGACUGGAACUAUCGGGAUAUUAUUGAAGUAAAAGAUAAAUACUCAGAAGAACAGAAAACCUACUUUGCAACUCCCCCAGCUGAGCGGUUAAAAUUGCUGAAACUGGAGGAAGAAUUGCAGAGAAGGAUAAUUGUCUAAGUAGCUAUGUUCACUGUGCAAAAAAAUACAGAACACAUUCUGCUGUGCCCACUGCUAUAUAGGGACGAAAUCAAUGGAUGAGUUGGUAAACCCAAGAGGGAAGGCAAAUGCAUUUUGCAUAGAGUUAGUGAGCACAGGAGGAUUAGCUUUCAAACCAACACAGAAUUGAAUUACAAUAUUAGUAACGCCUGUAUAUUCAGGCAUAGAAAUGUGUAAGUUAUAUAUUUUUUUUACUAGUGCUCGGGAGAAGGGGUCAGAAUCAUUCUUUGGUAGGAGGGGUGAAAUCGUAUGCUAAGGAGAGACAUAUUUAUAAAUUGCACUUUUUGCUAUCCUGUGGGAGAAAUUCUCCAGACAGCAAAUGUUCUGAAACAUAUUGUCUAGUAUUUCACAGUAUAAAGUUAUUUCUGGUACGAUACCAUUUUAGUAAUUCCCAGCACAUACUCUGAAGCUUUGAAAUCAUUUUCAUUUUGCUUGCUUGCUUGGUUGAUUUCCAAGCUUUCCAAUGCUUCUAAUGAAGCAUUUGGGAGGCUUGUCUAACCCAUGUGAUGAAAGAGAACUUAAGCAGUUUUAAAGAAAGCACAAUUAAAAGACGCCAAAUGAUCUGACUCUUUACUAUAUGUUAAUUAUGUAAAAAUUGUGUGGCAAUUAUGCAGUUUAGUGAGAAGACAUAUUACUGAAUGACAUUGAACAGCAAUUUAGAUUCAUAUUUUUGAGAAAAGCAAUCCUGCAAAAUUAUGCUGCUGAAAGUGGAUAAUUUUGCUGCCAAAUUUUGUGUUAGAUCCCUGUGUUGCCUUUAGAGCAGGGGUGUCCAAACUACGGCCCGCGGGCCAACUGCGGCCCGCGGGCCAGUUUUUUUUGGCCCGCAGCAAAUUCUGGAAGUAUAAUUUAAAAUGGCCCUUUUCGCGCUGCGAGGCUCGCGGCUCCUCCCCAUGGGCGGGGAAUAAUGAAGGGAGGGGGCAGAGGAGGCGGCGAGCGGGAAAGAGGCUGCUGGCCGUGCCUGCCCCCAGCAGUUCUACCCUCGCCUUCCUCGGGCCGCCAUCGAGAAACAGGUGAGGAGGGGUUCUGUCCUCGCCUUCCUCGGGCAGGGAAUAACGAAGGGAGGGGGGGGAGGCGGCGGCAAGCGCGAAAGAGGCUGCUGGC